CAGCCUCCAUUAGUGGCCGGCCGCCUCGUCCUUCUUCCCUUUUUAAGUACUCUACCCUGACAUUUCUACUUAGUUCUAUUCUCUCUGAUCAACCUCCUCUCUUAUGGAAAACACCAGCCUCGGAGUUUGCCUGACCAAAUAGUCCGGUGAAUCGAUUUUCCGGAUCAGUUGAAGGAAGGGCUAGCACAGGACGGAAGAUGGACAGGCUCAUAAGCUUGGAGCCGUCAAACAUAGUCGUCAUCAGGAUCGAACCGGCUGGUCAGAAGUGUUGCGGUGAGCUCACUUUACGCAAUGUUAUGUACACGAUGCCGGUGGCGAUCAAGCUCCAGCCGAUGGACUGUGCGCGUUACACAGUCAAGCCGCAGUCAGGAAUUAUAUCUCCCCUUGCGACCCUGACGUUGGAGAUCACUUACCACCUCCCGCAGGGUUCGCCCCUCCCCCAGACGUUCCCGCAGAGCGAGGACUCGUUCCUCCUUCACAGUGUCGUGGCACCCGGCACUUCCAUCAAGGACCCCACUUCGAUGCUCAAUGCAGUCCCGAGCGACUGGUUCACUGCAAAGAAGAAGCAAGUGUUCGUUGAUAGUGGACUCAGGAUCAUGUUCGUGGGGUCGCCGGUCCUUGCCCAGCUCGUGAGGGAUGGCAGUUCCUUGGAUCAAAUCAGGGAGGUCUUGGAGAGGAGUGACACGGUGUGGAAGGCUGCCGAUUCGGUAGAUUCGACUGAGGGCGAGACGCUGCUCCACCUGGCCAUCGCUCAGGGCCGAGCAGAUCUCGUCCAACUGCUCCUCGAGUUCGAGCCGGACGUGCAGGUUCCAAACCGUUCUGGGUCGACGGCGCUUGAGGCAGCUUCUGCAUCUGGUGAGGCACUGAUUGUCGAGCUCCUGCUCUCUCGUGGGGCGAGUAUUGAGAGGUCUGACACGUCUGCUCUUGGCCCGACUCACCUCGCGGUGGCCAAAGGACACUUGGAGGUUUUGAGGCUCCUCCUACAGAAGGGGGCUAGUGUGGAUGCCCUAACAAGAGAUGGCAGCACGCCACUCCACCUCGCCGUGGCCGAGCGGAGGAGAGACUGCGUGAGGCUUUUAUUGGCCAGUGGUGCCAAACCGAACGUACAUAACUCCGAAGAUGGAGAUACGCCGUUGCAUAUUGCAGCGAGUUCAGGAGAUGACAACAUGGUGAAGCUCCUAAUUCAAAAGGGAGCCAACAAGUAUGUCCGCAACCAGACCGGGAAAACCCCGUAUGACUUGGCAGCUGAGAAUGGCCAUGUCAGGCUCUUUGAUGCCCUCCGCCUCGGGGACGCCCUGGGCCUUGCGGCGAGGAAAGGGGAGGUAAAAGCCAUGCACAGGCUUCUCGAGAAUGGGGCGGCCAUUAAUGGCCUGGACCAGCAUGGCUGGACGGCCCUGCAUCGGGUCUCAUUCAAGGGGCAUGCUGACGCUGUCAAGGUGCUGAUCGAGAAAGGCAUUGACAUUGACGCCAAGGAUGAGGACGGUUACACAGCCCUGCACUGUGCAGUCGAAUCGGGUCACAUGGACGUCAUCGAGAUGCUGAUAAAGAAAGGAGCCGACGUGGACUCACGAACUAGUAAGGGCAUUAGUCCAGUGCAGAUUGCCGAGUCCCUAGGUUAUCCCGGGAUCACCAGGGUGCUCACUCAAAACGGAGCAAGCAAUGAAGGGAUCGGGUCGAUAAAAGAAUGGCGUGGUCCAGUUUCAAUUUCAAGCCGGAUGGCAGCGCAGCGAGAGGCGAACAGUGGCGAGUCAAAGAUGAAGAUGCAAAAACAUCGAAAAUCAACUGUUCGUGGAAGCUUUGAUCGGUCCGCCGUGCCACUCUCCUUCUUAUAGCCUAUUGGUUGGUCCAAACAUAACACAACUAGGGCUCAAUUUCUUACACAUUUGGCUCAAAAUUCUCAAUUAUAUACUUGUGAGUGAAAAGUUUUGUAUA